AUGAAUGUGCACAAGCUGUUCGACUAUAAGGAGUACGUGAACGUCAACGGUAUGAUGUUUACCGACGAACUGAUAUGUUUGCUGCAAAAUUCCUUGACUCUACUGCAAGUGGAGAAUCACUUCAUCCACAUGCAGUACUGGGGGCAAAUCUACGCCGUAGACUAUGACUACCACAUCGCUGUAGGCAUCAACGCAGACGCCGUGGCCGACAGAAAAUAUUUUUACACUACAGACUUAAAAUUCUGGGGCCUUUUACCUAAACCGAAAAGGAAGUACAGACAAUUGUCCUUACUUACCACAUUUCCAUUCAGAGGCGACCCGGCUAUGAAGACGAAAGUGUUAGAUGAAGGGCUGGAUGAGAACCACCCUGACAGGUGCAUGAUCAUGAAAGAGGAAAGUCGUUUAGCUGCUACGAUCAGCAACAUUUCUGAGGAAGCAGAGAUAUGUGCUCGAGGACAGUUACUCAAGCAGCCAAGUGGCACAGUCGUGCUCAAUCCGAAUUUCUAUGGUCUGACAGCACCAGAAGCGAAGCUACUAAAGUCUUAUCUCCACAUCAGACCAGCACAGCACCGCUGGAAUACAAACCUCCUCACUAGACAAGAUUACAACUACAGCAUGGAUUUUCUCGAUUCCAUUGAUCAAGACAUUCCAAACGGUUGCUGGAAUCUUUCUAUAGAACAAGGAGGAUCAAUCGCUUAUUUGAAAAGCCUGUACUGGCCUGGAAUGAUGUAUUUUCAUAAAAUUAAAACUGCAGACGCUGGUUUUCUUUAUGUAGGAAACGGCCGCAAGAAUUUGGAUGUACCUUUCCUACUUUAG